CACCUAAGAACCUCUUCCUGAUCCCUGAAGUUCUCCACAACCUCAAAAAUCCCCAUUAAAUGGCUACCAAAGCAAUAACAAUGUCCACAGGCUUGCUUCUUCUUCUUCUUCUUGUACCGGCAAUCUCCGCCUCCGCCCCCGGCAAUUUCAUCCGUACCAACUGCGCCACAACCUUGGACCCUGCCUUCUGCUUCUCCACCCUCGCCCGCCACGUCAGGGAGAUCAGAGGAAGCCCAGCCAAUCUCGCUCGUGUCGCCAUCAAUAUCAGUUUCGCUGAUGCUCGUGACGUUGCCGCUCUCAUUUCGAAACUCUCACUCAAACCCAAUGACGAUCCCACCAACGCGGCUCUACAGGACUGCACUAGCGCCUAUGGUGACGCUAUUGAUCAGAUGAAACGCUCGAUCAGCGAAAUCCUCAACCUCAACUCCAACUCCAAGGAUUUCCAGCUCCAUAUAAGCAACGUGCAGACGUGGAUGAGCGCAGCACUUACCAAUCAGGAUACAUGUGCGGACGGGACUGAAGACAUGGGAGAUUCGGUUUUCAGUAAUCGGGUGGUGAACGGCAAGAAAUUGACUAGCAUUGCCCUAGCCAUGAUCAAUAAGUUUGCUCAAUCGGCACAACCUAAGGCUUGAUGGGUGGAUUCUGACCGUUUGAUUUCAUAAUAGUAUUUAUACCAUUUUUUUUUUAUCCCCCACCCUGUUCUGUAAAGAAGCAAAGAUUCCUUGUGGGAUUAAGUGUAAAUGCUUGAUGGAAGGAAGGAGUCUCUGAAUGUCAUAAUUUUCCCUUCAUUUUUCUUGAAUCCUCAAUUGAUGGAGGGAAAAGAAACUUAAAGAAGGAAAGAAAAAGAAAUGGAAUCUUAAAUGUGUUUACAUUCCCCCCAUAAAUGGAUUGAAGUUAU